UUCGCGUCUUAAAAGAAAGCGGACGGCUGAUGACGUUGAAAGCGAGUUACGUUUGUGUUCCCCCCAGUAAAAUGGUUGGGUUGCCCGUGUGCCUGUGUGUGUGAGGACCCCGCCGAGGGUCAGGGGUCCCAAGAGGGUCCACAGCGAUCCUACGGGUACGUAAACCCCGAAAAAAGUUCUCCAGGAAGUGCAACCUGGGCACAUAUAUGCGUUGAAAAUAUAUACAUACAUUCAGAUAUACUUGCAUGCGUGUACAAAUGCCCCCGCACACCAACACCAGCAGGAGUGUGUGUGUGAGUGGGGGGUGUGCGUGUGUGUGUGUGUGCCAGCGACAGCUGACGUUGGGGGUAUUGCAAGAAGAAGAAGAAAAAGACGAAAGCGAAACUUUUUUUUACUGUGCCACUUUUCGAUCGUUGUAAAUGGAAAAUAACUCCAACUUGACUCACGUCACUUACAUCUGUACAUCAAUUCGCAUGCCGAUUCAGGCUCCCUCAUGGACAGAUUUUCUGAACUGUCCCAUCUGCUGCAAUGAAUUCGCGGCCAGCCAGCGAUGCCCGGUCAGUCUGGGCUGCGGGCACACCAUCUGCAAGCUCUGCCUGACGACCCUCUACAACCGGCAGUGUCCCUUCGAUCAGACCGUGAUUGUCAGCGAGAUCGACAAUCUGCCCAUUAACCAUGCUCUGCUGCAGCUGGUCAAGGACUCGGAGCUCCUGGAGUUGGGCCCACCACCGCCCAGCGUGCAGAAGCUGGAGCCGGAGCAGCUCAAGUGCUACCAACUGGGACAGCGGUGCAUCGAGGAGCUGGCCCUGCACCUGAAGUCCUUCCUCAACCUGAACGGCAAUGGCAAUCUGCUAACACGACCCAUGCAAAGGAAACUGGUUACCCUGGUCAACUGCCAACUGAUGGAGGAGGAGGGACGUGUAAGGGCACUCCGGGCGGCCAGAUCUUUGGGCGAACGCACAGUAACCGAGCUGAUUCUCCAGCACCAGAAUCCCCAGCAGCUGAGCUCGAAUCUUUGGGCGGCGGUGCGGACGCGGGGAUGUCAGUUCCUGGGACCCGCCAUGCAGGAGGAGGUGCUCAAGCUGGUGCUACUCGCUUUGGAGGAGGGUUCGGCGCUGUCGCGCAAAGUGUUGGUCAUGUUCGUGGUGCAGCGACUGGAGCCGCAGUUUCCGCAGGCCUCCAAGACGAGCAUCGGGCAUGUGGUGCAGCUGCUCUACCGCGCCAGCUGCUUCAAGGUGUCCAAACGCGAGGCGGACUCAUCGCUGAUGCAGCUCAAGGAGGAAUUUCGCACCUACGACGCUCUGCGGCGCGAACACGAUGCCCAGAUCGUUCAGAUAGCCACCGAGGCGGGUCUGCGGAUUGCGCCGGAGCAGUGGUCUUCCCUGCUGUACGGCGACGUGAUGCACAAGAGCCACAUGCAGAGCAUCAUCGACAAGCUGCAGACGCCCAGUUCGUUUGCCCAAUCGGUCCAGGAACUCGUGAUCGCCCUGCAACGGACCAGUGAUCCCGCCAAGCUGGCCAGUCUACAUCAUCAUCUCAAGUACCUGGCCAAUAUCGAUCCCUGUGCCGAGUUGGCCCCCUGGCCGGAUUUGGCCGAAGCCCUGGAUGCAGUGCGUCAUUCGGUCGUGGGUUUGGUCAACUUCCUGCAGCAUCACGGCGUUCGCAAAGCGCAGGACGGAAUCAGUGGCGGUGGCAGCGGCGGCGGGACGGCCAACAGCAAUCCCAAGUACAAGAUCAGCCUGUGCAGGGAUUUGAAUGUACGACGGGUGUGUCCCCGCGGUGCCAGCUGCACCUUUGCCCACUCCCAAGAGGAGGUGGAGCGCUACCGCGCACGAAAUCGUGGCAAACAUAUAAAGACACCACUGGCGCUGCCACCGAUGGGCGGUGGAGCCAUCAAGAAGCCACUGGGAGAGCCGGAUGGACCGGCUUUGGGUGUGCCCACCAUGCUGCCCAUGUCGCCGAUGCAUUUCAUGGGCUCUCCUCGGGGAUAUCUGGAGCCCAGCUUGGGUCUGUCGCCAGGAGGACAGCCGCCUCCGCCGCCGCCGCUUCUGCAUCCCUCGCAUCACAGUCCCAUGGCCCGACUCAUAGUGCCCAACCGCUAUGAUCCUCGCUUCACUGGCUAUCAGCCGCGGAAUCCCUCGCCCAGGGAUUACCAAAAUAAUCCACAGCAACGCAAUGCCAACCCACCGAACUUUAGUGUGAACAGCAACAUGCACAAGGGCUAUUUGAUGCCCGGCGGAGGCGGCAACGGUGGAGAUGUCUUCCAUCUGGGAAAUCCCUGGGAGCAGAGCUACCUAGCUCAGCAGCAGCAGCAGCAGCAUCCUGCACAGCAUCCUCCACAGCAGCAGCCACAGCAGCCACCGUCCAGCAAGCCGAAUCCCAGCCGACCGUUGUCGAUUUUAGCCGCAACAGCUGAUACCUCAUUUUAUGAAAAGAAACCGCCGAAUAGUGUUAGCAUAGAUCUGGACAGAGCCGCGGAGGCCGAUGUGGAUGCAGUGCCUCUGUUCCGGCGAUCCAACAACAACAACAAUCACAACAACAACAACAAUAGCAGCUCCCACAAUAACAACAAUCAUGGCUCAUCGCUGCUGUUCUGGAAUAAUACGGGCAAAGAGUCUGCGAACUUUGUUCGAUCGGAUUCCAUAUUGGAUGACGAUGCCUCCACAUUCGAUGUGCCCACCGGCUCCUCGAUGCUAAGUCGCUACGGACCCAUUUGUCCCAAGAGCAGCACGCAGAGCAGCUGGAACAACUGGCUGCUGGAGAACGACAGCGAUCUGGGUUAUGGUGGCUACAAGAGCGACAGGAACGAUAACUUCAAUGCUAGUAAGCAGCAGCCGCCGAUGUGGGGCAGGAAGCCACAGCUAAUGUCGGAGGAUAGCUUCGAGGGCGGCAUCGAUAGCGGCAUGAUGCUGCAGCUGGAGAAGAACCUGGUGGACAUCGUGGAUCCCGAUGACAGCGGGAUCAAGGUGGACUAGAUCUAGGACUAGCUACCACAGAGGAUAUUUCUAUAUAGGUGUUUAUAUAGAUCGAGGGAAGUGGGAAGAGAAUAUGUAUAAUGCAAUCAUUUUACACAUCGUUAGAGGUUUGUACCGCACAGUUCAAACUUUGGUAGAAUUUCAAAUGUAAUUGUAGUUAAAACUGAUCCGACUGAUCCGUUAUUGGAUCGGAGCCAAAACAAAACAUCAAUUGGGUUGGGUACCGUCUAUUAGAAUCUAUUAAAUAAUUGUCUAAUUAGUUCAUUGUUCGAAAUUUUGUGGAAAUGUGUUGAAAUCAUGUUCGUGUUAUGUUCCAAAUUCGGGGAUUGUGUGUCUAGCAAAUGAAAAACAGAAAAAUAAACUCAAUUUAGAUGGUAAAACUUUGUGUGUAGCCUAGAAUUCAGCUCAGACUCGUAGAUCCUGCUGCAUAUAGAAUACGAUCCGUAGGAAUUCCCCACAAAAAGGCGAUCGCGAGCGAUGAGGAUGAGGUGUAUGCAAACGCUUGUUGAGAUCAGGCAACAUCCAGAUUUUAAAGCAAUUUUCUCAGAUAAAACAGAAACUGUGCACUAAUUAACUGAAUCAUGAUCACAAGACUUCAAGAUCCAAGUAAAACAAAAAAUUCUUUUCCAAAACCGUGCGUUUUUAUCAUCUUUCCCUGAUUAUUUGUGAUCAAAUUUUGAUUGAUUGUGUAACGCUGUAAACAUAGAUAUAAACAUAUAUAUUUUUUUUAAUUAUUAACUAUUUCAAAACGCUAUUUUUAUAUAUACAAAAAUCAGCAGGGCUGAAAGGACCUGCGAAUCCUUUCGCUCUCAAAACCCAAUCACACACAUACACUAACACGCAUACACACUGAGCCACAGGACACGAACGAUCAUUUGUAUGUGUGUGAAAUGAAUGUUUAUAUUUCUUAAAGAAAUUUUAAUAACGCUAUUGUGCGAUGUUGUUAACUAUUGUACUAUAUAUUAUUAAAUUUAUUGAAAAUAAAUUAAAAUCACGUCCCCUUCUCCCAUUUUGUAAACUGUGAGAAAAGUAAAGUACAGAUAAAGUACAGAAAAGGUGACGAAUAGAACAGAAAGUUGAAUGUCAGUCAGGGCUUUGAGAACAUUUACACCUACCUACUACUCUAUGCAAAUAUAAAUUUAUAUUUAUAUCUAGAUACUAACCAAUUUGUGCGCUCUAUUAUUAAUAUUAUAUAUUAAUGUCAGUUGAGCCCGCGUUUUGCUUUCAAGACUUUGUACAUCAUUUUGAUUUGAAGCAAAAGCGAAAGAUUUUGUAACUUGUAUUUGUUAAGCGAUGAAAUCAGGAACCUUAUAUAUACAUAUAUAUUACUGCGCUUGAUCAUAGAAGAAUAUAACAUAUAUAUCUUUACAAAUAUAUUUAUUGUUAACGAGUUUCGAUGCCGUGUGUGUAGUAGAAUCCAUGUAAAAAUAUAUUCCCCGUCCCGGGGAGUAUGUGUUCAGUUGUGAGCUAGUUAAAAUUGAUCGAAGCAAUUUUAAAACAAAAUAACAUACAUUUAAAUGUAUUUUCCUAUUACUCAGAAACUAAAGCAUUCAAUGUACAGAAGCGAAUCGAGGGAGGUACUUGAGAUUCUUCAGUCUAUUUGUCUCCCGGGAAAAGUGAAAAUAUAGAAGAAGGCUGGGUGGAGGGGCGUCUAACUGCGUACUUAAGUUCCGAUUUAGAGAUCUAGAUAAAGAUUCAGAUUCAGAGCCAGAUUUAACGUUCUCCGCCCGGCCUUUGGCUGUGGUGAAGUUUUUUUUUAGCUUAAACCCAAUGGGUUCAGUUCAUAAUAACGUAUUUGUUGAGUUGAGUUUUGUAACUUUAUAAUUUACAAUCAGUCCAGCAACCCGCCAAAUCCCCCAAAACUUUCAAACUGACCGAGGCUCUUUUUUAUACAGAUCGUGCCGUGCAAUUCACACAUACACACAGACAUUUUCUAUUUACACACACCUAUUUAAAUGCAUAUAUAUAUAUUUAUACAUAUGUUAAUUUAAUGUAUUUUUGGUAUUAUCACUCAAUGUUUCUACCCUAAGCAAAUUUCGAGUUCUGUUAAUCAAAGUGGAAAAAACAUGCAAAAAAAAAAAUUAUUUAUUUUAUUUACCAAUAAAUUUUCACAAAACUUUUA